AUGACGGCGCAGUGUGCCGAGGAGAGCAUCUAUAACCUCCUGCCCCGCCUGCAGGAGAAGCCUGUCAAGCCUCCCAGGUACAUAUCCAUAUUUAGACCAUCUGUAAAACGUGAAGCAGAGAAAAAUAAAACUCAGUGUAAAACUAUGGGACCAGCAAAAGUUGCACUGCCAUCUCCAAAAAAUUUUCUGAAGAAACAUUCAAAGGAACCCAAGCUACCAGCAAGUAAGUCCUUCGAGCAGGAUAGUAAGAAAUUGCCUGAAUUAUCAGUGCCACGAAGGACAGAUCACCCAGUUAUGGGAAUUCAGAGUAACAAGAAUUUUAUAAAUACAAAUGCAAUUGCUGCUAUCACGGGACCACCUAAAAAGCCUCAACCUAUUUGUGUUGAUGGAAGACAGGGAGAUAAAUAUCUGCUUCAAACUUCAGGACUUGUUCCAAAAUAUAUUAAAAAAAAGGAUUAUGGUGUUACACCAAAAUACCUAACACGAAGAAAUGAAGAAAUGGAGAGAGCUCGGAAAGAAUAUGAGGCCGGUGUCUUGGAGCAUCUCAAGAAAAGAGCCAUGAAACAGCUCUCUGAUGAAGAAAGGAGAAGUCUUCUGCAGGGGCUGAAAAAGAACUGGGACGAAGCAAAUCGUGAAUUUCAGUGUCUUCCGGUAAAAAUAGACACCGUUUCCAAGAAGUUAUAUAAACAAAAGCUGGAAUCACAGAUGAAACAACUGGAGCAUGACAUAGAUGUCAUUGAGAAGCACAAAGCUAUCUACAUUGCAAAUGAAUAA